AUGCGUCUCCGACGACGUGUUGAUUCAACUUUUCACGGCAAACCAAAGCCACGCGGAGAGCUUCUGGCCAAUAAAUUUCACAUAAAUGCAUAUAGUUUGGAUCAGACCAACUCCCUUGUGGCGCUUGUCAACAAAAUAGCUCAUGAGUACUUGGGAAAGUGUCCACCGGUUAUAUAUUACGAUGCUUUUGUGGAAAAAUCGGAUGGACUCGUGUUGGAGACUCUAUUCAAGACCAUUCCUAUUUCGUUUUAUCAUGGCGAAAUCAAUGCCCGCUAUGAGGCUGAAAAUCCCCACCUCACAAGUCAUAUCGACAGCAAUUGCAAGAGCUACAUUCUGUUCCUUUCGGACCCGCUGAUGGCACGUAAGAUUCUAGGUCCUCAGACAGAGAGCCGCGUGGUGCUCGUCUCACGGUCAACGCAGUGGAAGCUCCGUGACUUUCUGUCUUCGGAGCUGUCCUCAAAUAUUGUGAAUUUACUCGUUAUUGGGGAGUCGCUGAUGGCGGAUCCAAUGCGAGAGCGUCCGUACGUAUUGUACACCCACAAGCUGUACGCAGAUGGUCUCGGCUCGAAUACACCUGUCGUUCUUACUAGCUGGAUAAAAGGCGGUCUAUCCCGACCCCACAUAAAUCUCUUCCCUCCAAAAUUCCAAGCUGGCUUUGCAGGACAUCGUUUUCAAGUCUCUGCUGCCAAUCAACCGCCUUUCAUAUUUCGUAUACGCACUUUGGACUCUUCGGGCAUGCUGCAGCUGCAAUGGGACGGCGUGGAGUUGCGGUUGCUGAACAUGAUUUCGAAGCGCCUGAACUUCUCGGUGGAUAUCUCAGAGGCUCCUAGGGUGUCCGAUAGUCGCAGCAUCGUUGAGAACAUUCAGACGGAGAUUGCCCAAAAGACAGUUGACAUAGGAAUGUCCGGUAUUUACGUGACUGCGGAGCGUCUGCGGGAGACCGACAUGUCCGUCGGACACUCGCGCGAUUGUGCGGCUUUCAUUACGUUGGCGUCCAAGGCGCUGCCAAAAUAUAGGGCCAUCAUGGGCCCGUUCCAGUGGCCAGUUUGGGUGGCUCUUAUUUGCGUGUACCUGGGUGCGAUCGUUCCGAUUGUAUUCACCGACCGCUUGACGCUGAGCCAUUUGCUGGGAAACUGGGGAGAGGUGGAAAAUAUGUUUUGGUAUGUGUUUGGCAUGUUCACAAACGCUUUUACCUUCACCGGCAAAUACUCGUGGAGCAAUACGCAAAAGAACUCCACGCGUUUGCUUAUCGGCGCCUAUUGGCUCUUCACGAUAAUCAUUACAUCUUGCUACACCGGAUCGAUCAUAGCGUUUGUGACAUUGCCGGCGUUUCCAGAUACGGUUGACUCUGUCUUAGAUUUGCUCGGACUCUUCUUUCGCGUUGGCACGCUGGACAACGGAGGCUGGGAGACAUGGUUUCAAAAUUCCACACACAUUCCCACGUCACGGCUUUACAGGAAAAUGGAGUUCGUAGGGAGUCUGGAAGAAGGCAUCGGAAACGUCACGCAAAGUUUCUUUUGGAACUACGCAUUUCUUGGAUCAAAAGCUCAGCUUGAAUACUUGGUCCAAUCGAAUUUCUCGGAUGAAAAUAUAUCGCGGCGUUCGGCACUUCAUCUGAGCGAAGAGUGUUUCGCUCUCUUCCAAAUUGGUUUCCUGUUUCCUCGAGAAUCUGUGUACAAGCGAAAGAUCGACUCUAUGAUUUUGCUGGCCCAGCAAAGCGGACUUAUUAGCAAAAUCAACAAUGAGGUAAGCUGGGUCAUGCAGCGUUCAACAUCAGGUCGCUUGCUGCAGGCCAGUUCGUCCAGCUCCCUGCGAGAAAUCAUCCAGGAGGAACGCCAGCUGACCACCGCGGACACAGAGGGGAUGUUUCUCCUAAUGGCACUGGGAUACUUUCUGGGCGGAACUGCCCUGGUAUCCGAAAUCGUAGGAGGAAUCACCAACAAGUGCCGGCAAAUCAUCAAACGUUCUCGGAAGUCAGCCUCCAGCUCGUGGUCCUCCCAAAAGAGUUCCGCACUUGGCCCAGGUGGAGAGCGUACAUCUGCCCAGAAAAUAGAGCACGACGAACGCAAGGCGGCGCGUCGUGACGCGGCAGACGAUGGCCAGAAGAUGAGUUUCGGAAUGCGGGAACUUAAUUUGACGCGCACAACGUUUCGUGAAUUAUAUGGGAAUUACAGCAGAGCAGAUCAGCAGCAAAGCUGUGGCCACAAGCCUUCGGAUCUCGUGCAGUCCCACGAGCACACCGCCCAGAACGAAUCUCUGGAUUGUUUGGAUGAGUUAAUAGCUCAUUUGGAGAAGGCCGAAGCUCAAAGUGACCCUUCUUCAGCUCAGCAGUUUUUUCCUGAUGAAUAUUUUGGUGCAAACACCGAACACGCGAGCGUCGAAUGUUUUGGUCCAAACACAGAACAAUCAAGCGACACAACACAGAAGUAAAUAAUC